CCCUUCAAACGAAAGACUGCGGGAAAAUCAACACACCAGCCCCCGCCAGCGAGUUGAAAGGAUUUGUUUACCUCUUCUUGUGCUGCUGAUUUGCUUCUGGAAUGUUUAAGAUUGACCCAAAAUGGCGUCGCCGUUCUAUGGUGUCACCUGACUUGUGAUAACGUAAAAAUAAUUACAGCAGCCGUACAGUGAAACAACAUGGCGACGGUUUUACGGCGCGUCACGAGGAAGCGCCCCCUAGAUCUUGUCGCCUCCUGUCAGGACGAGGCUGAGAUGGAGAAAUGUCUGACCACCGUGGACCUCGUCUCGCUGGGCGUGGGCAGCUGCUGUGGGGCCGGCAUGUACCUCACUGCCGGCAUCAUCGCGGCCAAAAAAGCCGGACCCGGCGGGAUUAUCUCUAUCAUCUUGGCCGGCCUUGGAUCUAUACUUACAGGUGUGCACUACGCAGAACUAGCAGGCAUCUGCCCCAAUACCUCCGGCUCCGCCUACAUGUACACGUACGUGACAAUAGGAGAACUCUGGGCAUUCAUCAUUGGAUGGGGUCUUAUAGUGGAGUAUGUGAUAGGCACAGCAGCCGCUUCUGUUGCUUUAAGUGAGACCUUUCACUCCAUCACUGAAAAAAAGAUUUCUGGUUUUUUAAACAGUUGCAUGGCAUCUGCAGGUCUGCCCCACAUUGACUUUGUUGCUGCGCUGGUCUGCCUCCUGCUGAUGUGGCUGCUGGCCAGUGGUGUCCAGAUGUCAGCCCGUGUAAACAACGUCCUCAACGGCCUCAACUCUGUUGUCUGGGCUGUUUUUGUUGGAGCUUCUCUUUACCUCGGCUCUUCGUCUAACUGGUCACAACAUGGCGGAUUUUUGCCAUACGGAUACCAAGGGGUAUUUACCGCUGUGCCCACCGCCUUUUAUGCAUUUAUUGGUUUUGAUGGUCUGGCUACCACAGGGGCAGAGUGCCGGACUCCGGCCAGAUCCAUCCCCAUCUCCAUCGUUCUCUCCAUCCUCAUCAACAUCCUCAUCUUUACAUGUGUUGUUGCUGGCUUGACGUUCAACAUGCCUUUCAACCUACUCCCAGCAGACACAGCUAUGCUGGAUGUGUUCGCCAUCAACGGCUACCCUGCCCUCAAGUACAUCAUGGGGGUGGGGGCGGUCGCUGGUCUGUUUGCUGCCACUUUUGGAUCUUUGUUUCCUCUUCCUAGGGUGCUACAAGCCAUGGCACAUGAUGGGCUUUUGUUUAGAUAUUUUUCCCUCGUGUGCCCCAAGCGUCACACAGCAUUACGUGCAACCAUUACAUCUGGCCUUGUGGCCGCCUUUCUUGCAGCAUUCGUCAACCUGACCCUUCUCAUUGAACUGGUGCUAAUUGGCACCCUCUUGGCCUACGUCAUUGUCACCUAUGCAACGCUAAUCAUCCGAUACGUCGACCUUUACUCUGCACCACUUUACACGCCCAUACCUGUCAAGUUCCAGACAUCUGUCUCAGAGAGUUCCAAUCAUCAUGAUUCCUACUUAACUUGCUUGCCUGGGAUUAAAAGAAAAACUUCCGACACAGAUCUGCAGGUGAACCAAACCACUGACGGUUCUUGUCUCAGCUUCAGUAGACAGUCAUCACACUCUGAGAGUUCCAGCAAGGAGGUGGGUGGGGUUAUAAACCCUGCGUAUCAACCCGAGGGUGCCUCUGCUUGUUCCAGAAGGGACUCCUCCAGCUCUCUGUCUAAAAGACAUGAAGACGAUCACAACGACAGCGGUCACUUUUUGAAAAACAGCGAAGAGAAAUCUUCUUUAUUGGAAGUUUACACACAGUUUCCCAAACAUGAUAAAAAUAUAUGCAACAAGCAACCACAGUGUUCAAAAUGUACGAGAUUGACGCUGUAUGUUAGCCAACAUAUCUACGUCUUUCUGUUUGCUUUGUAUGCAAGUAUAUUUCUGUGCUGUGGCAUUGUGGCUAACCUAUACCAGUUCAUACUGGACAAGAAUAUACUUGUGAUUUGUAUACUUUGUUUGCUGGUGGUUACCAUGACAACCCUUGCUGUUAUUUUAAUGCUUCUUCCACACUUAAAAAUAAAACAUGAAGGCUUUAGAGCUCCAUUUGUUCCACUGAUCACUGUUUUCACUGCCAGCAUUAAUCUCUAUUUGAUGACAUCACUACACUGGAUCACAUGGCUUCUAUUUUUAGUCUGGAUGGCAAUAGGUUUGGUCCUGUACUUCCUGUACGGAAUCAAGAACAGCAGCCUCAUUGUGAAGAGGGAGGAGGACUGGGAGGAUCCUGAGGGGGAGGCGGAUAGUGCGGACACUGUUAUACCAGUCCCAACCAAUGAUGUCACUCAACCCCUACUUCAGUAGAAUCUCUUCUCUAGUGACAACUUGACUACAAUGGUUUCUGUAACAGAAACUUUACUUCCUUAUACUACUUAAGUUAAUGUAACUUCAAUUCUGAAGAUUGUCUACUGCAAUGCAACCCUUAUUUUCGAGGGUCUGAGCCAGUCUUUCAAUAGAAUUCAUAUCUUUAACAGAACAACUUUUAUACAUUCACAAGUUUAAUAUGCUUACUUUGAUGCAAUCACUAUUGUAGUACAAUUACUUUUCAAUAGAAUUCAUUCUUUAACAGAGCAACUUUUA